AACUUCCUCGAUCCGAUGAACCGGUCGAGUUUUGUGAGUUUCGCUCCUUUUCGCGUCUUAAGGUCGUUUUAAAGCGAUAGUUUGAUCAGAAACAGACGCGCGAAGCUGUUGUUUGGGACGGUAAAGAUUCACAUUCGCGAUCGCGCUGAUCAGCGUCUCUUCCUGAAACACACAGAAUGACUGAAGCAUUCUCAGGCGAGCAGCACACGCGCGUUCACGAGCGCAAACCCGAGGGUUUCCUGGAGCGUCUGAGCGCGAGCACGGGCGGCGUGAUCGCGGGCCUGUGUCUGUUCGUGCUGUCAUUAUACGUGCUGUUCACAAAUGAGGGUCGCGCUCUGCGCACGAGCUCGUCUCUGGAUGAGGGUCUCUCUCAGGUCGUGUCUCUUCAUCCAGACAUGAUGUUGGACCCUCAGAACAACAAUCGCCUGGUUCAUCUGACCGGAACCCUGCGGACCGCACAGCCGCUGUACGACCCAAACUACGGCGUGUCUGUGCAGGCGGUGAAACUGCAGAGGCAGGUGGAGAUGUACCAGUGGGUGGAGUACAGUGAGAGCAGGGACAUUAAGGAAAACGGAGAGACGAAGACGGAAACGACGUACUCGUACAACACCGAGUGGAAGUCAGAGGUCAUCAGCAGCAGACACUUCGAUCAGGAGGUCGGACACAUGAACCCCAGUGCCAUGGCGGUGGAGAGCGUGACGGUCGUGGCUCCGGACGUCUGGGUCGGGAGGCUCUUCCUGUCCAAAGGGCUGGUGGAGCAGAUCAAUGACUUCCAGACGCUGAGUCUCGCAGGACUUCCUGUUCCUGUGUUCAACACCUUCCUCACGGUGCAGGAUGAUUAUUUUUACCACACGGCAAACCCUCGACGUCCAGAGGUCGGUGACGUUCGUGUUCGUUUCGCUUACGCUGGUCUCAGCGGUGACGGAUUCUAUCCUGGCCCCGCCCACAAGGUCAGUAUUGUGGCCAUGCAGCAGGCGGAUCGGCUGACGGCCUUCAGGACGCGGGCCGGAGGCGCGCUGGAGAUCCUGUACAUGGGCGAUCUGUCAGCAGAGGAGGUGUUUGCUAGAGAACAUCAGCUGAACGCCAUGAAGACGUGGGCGCUGAGGCUCGGAGGAUGGGCGCUCAUGUUUCUGUCCGUCAGUCUGAGCACACGUAUCAUCUAUACACUGGUGGACAGUGUUCCUGUGCUGCGUGAGCUGGUGUCGGCGGGGCUGAAGAUCUUCGCUCUCUGCGUCUCCUGUUCGCUGUCGCUGCUCACCAUCGCCGCCGGCUGGAUCUUCUAUCGCCCUCUGCUGGGCGUGACGAUAGCGCUGCUCGCGCUCCUGCCGCUGCUCAUCGCACACGCUAGAGCGCCGUCCAAGAAGAACCAGUGACUAGUCUGACGUCCAGCAGCGAUAAUCGAACCAUCAGCUUUGAGCUUCUCUAAUGUUUUGAGCAGCUAUAAUGAACCUGUUUUUUUUACACUGCAAAUAAUCAUGUUCCUCCUCAGUGUUUCUGUCUUGUUUCUAUUUCUAAACGUUCUUAAAUCAAGAAACAUUUACUGGAGAAGCAAAAUAAUGGAAAUAAUGUAUCUGACUUUGAAUUAUUUAUUUUUUUGACUCUAUUAGCAGAUAAACAAAAUCUCACUUCAUUUCAUUAAACAAGAUAUUUUCUCCAGUAAAUGUAUCUUGAUGAAGAAUGUUUAGAUAUUUGACAGAAACGCUGAGGAGGAACAUGAUGUUUCAGAGUGAGCUUCAUCAACAGUGUCUGUUUCAUGUGUGUGUGUGACUGCAGAAAUAAAGGUCAAAUCCUUCAGUGUUUUCCACA